UUGCUGAACAGCUAACGAACUUCUUCGGCCACAGCAGUUGACCGCUGCAGAUUCCCCAUUAAAAAAACCUUUCAGAAACAAAAAAAUUGUGUGUGCCAUGAUGCCACAGAAUAUAGAAAUAUUAUGAAGAGAAGUGGGGGGUCGGGUGGGUGGCUAGCCGACAACUCGUGUGGCGACGGUUGCUGUUUCCCCGCAGCUUCCUCCCCCACAUCCCGCUAUUUCCUUGAACCAUUCCAAUCUAUCCUCUCCAACCACUCCCCCGUUCCAUUACACAAGUUGUUGACAACAGAAAUCCAUGGGUGGAAGAAGGCAUCCAUGCGAGAUUAGCCGGAGAGAAAAUAGUUGGAGAUAUCGAAAAACCCAUGACAAGCAUCAACUAAAUGCCAAAUCACAAAAGAUAUCCCACCGAUCCUCUCCCAUUAUUUUAACCAAAUCUCUUCUGCCAUUUUCCACCAAAUACCUUUAACCCUUUUGCCUCUUCCAAAAGAUCCCCCUUUACUCUUUGUCUUCUUCCUCAUCCCCACCCCAUCCCCUUCCUUUAUAUUCCCACCUUCCUCCACCUUCCUCCCUCCGCUCCCCGCCUCCCUAAUCCUUAUUCAAAGUUAACAAAGGAGAACAGAUAGGUUAAAAGAUGCAGGAAGAGGUGGGAGAGGAUCUCCUUAGUUUGAGACUAAGCAUAGGUGGUGUCUAUCAUUUUGAUCAGCCCACGAAAAAAAGGAAGAGAAUUGAUGAUCCAAAUGAUAAGAACCUCAUGCUGUUGCUGCAGACUAGAGACCGCAUGACGCAGCUGAGCUGCAACAGACAUGGGAUGGCAGACGAGAAGGGGUUGCAGCUCGUCCGCCUCCUGUUGCUUUGCGCCACCGCCGUGGACCGCAAUGAUCGGAGCUCUGCUGCUGAUUUGCUCCGGCAGCUCUACCGCAACGUCUCUUUAUCCGGCAGUCCGAUCCAACGGGUCACCGCCUACUUCACCGACGGCCUCAUGGCCAGUUUCAUGUCAAAAAAUUCCUCCUUUUAUAGCUCCAUCAUGGCGGACCCUUCCCCUGCAGAGGAGUUCUCUGCUUUCACUUCGUUCUGCCUCGCAUCCCCUUACUACCAAUUCGCACAUUUCACAGCCAACCAAGCCAUAUUCGAGGCUUUUGAGGAAGAUGAGAAAUGGAACAGUGGAUGCCUCCAUGUCAUCGAUUUCGAUGUCUCUUAUGGCUUACAGUGGCCUUCCCUGAUCCAAUCUUUGUCAGAUAAAGCCACGAAUGAGAAACCCAUUAAUCUUCUUAUAACAGGGUUUGGGAAAAGCAUGGAGGAGCUCAAGGAUACGGAGAAGAGGCUUUCGAGCUUCGCCUCUGGUUUUCGCAAUCUGUUCUUCAAGUUUGAAGGGAGAUUGAGAGGAGGAAAGGGCCAGGGGGAGAUUCAGGUACAGAAGAAUUCAACUGUGGCAGUGAAUCUAGUGUUUUAUCUCCACUCGCUCAAGAGUUAUUCAGAUAUCUGUACAACUUUGACGCAAAUAAACGAAUUAAAUCCUUCAGUGGUAACCUUGGUGGAGAAAGAAGGAAGCAGAGGGAACCCAAAUAGUUUCUUGUCGAGAUUCAUGGAAUCUUUGCAGUACUUCGCCGCCAUGUUUGAUUCAUUGGAUGACUGCCUCCCCGCAAGGAACAAAGAGAGGCUGAGGAUUGAGAAGAACCAUCUGGGGACGGAGAUCAGACAUGCUGUCAAGGAUGAAGAAGAGAAAGGUUGCAGAUAUGAGAGAUUGGAGACAUGGAAGGCGGUGAUGGAGAGAUACAGAUUUGAGGGCGUGAGGAUGAGCUCGCGUUCGGUGAGUCAGGCAAAACUUCUUCUUAAGAUUACCAGCCAUUCUUCCGCCAUGGAUGACCAUGGCACCGGAACAGGAUUUAGGAUCUUUGAGAGAGAUGAAGGCAACGCUUUGUCUUUAGGCUGGCAAGAUACUCAUCUAAUCACUGCAACUGCAUGGCGUCGAUCUUCAUGAUAUGAAUCAAACAAAAUCAAUCAAUAUGUUUCUAGUUUUUGUGAGUUAAUAUUACCCUUAUUUAUUAAUCUUUCUUGUAACAUUUUUUUUUUCCUUUUUUUGUACCUUUUUAACAUAAUUGAUAUA